AUGGGUUGGUUCUGGGCAGAUUCGACACCAGCUGCGCCCGUCGCACCUCAUCCUAUGCCCGCUAACGCCAGCGCCACCCCUCCACCAGGAUGUCCCAUGCACAAGCCCGCCGCCGAUGCUCCUGCCGCACCACCACCUUCCGUCGUCACAAAGCCCUCAGACUCAGCAUCAGCAUGUCCCUACGUACCACCCACCGAAGCUCAGAAGCAGGAACCCUCCGCCGGCUCGCCCUCAUAUAUCUCAAAGCUCAACCCUCUCAACUACAUGCCCAAAUCCAUCUCCAACCAGCGCGACCACGCCGAGCAGAGCGUCGACCUGCCUCUAGAGCGCGAAGCUUCGACCAUCCCCCGCGGCGACGGCCAAGGCAUGUGGGAAUAUCCAUCACCACAGCAAAUGUACAAUGCCAUGUUGCGAAAAGGAUACACCGACACCCCGGCCGAGCACGUCGAGUCCAUGGUUGCUGUACACAACUUCCUGAACGAGGGAGCCUGGCAAGAGAUUGUAGAGUGGGAGAGACGCUUUUCAGCUGGUCUGAAGAGAGGAUGGGAGGUUUGCAAGAAGGGAGAGGAGAAUGCCUAUCCGCUUGCUGAGAUGUUGGCGAGGAAGGAUGCUUUGGCUGCGAAUACUGAAACUAAGGACCCUUCCCUCGUGCGCUUCAUGGGAAGACCGUCAGAGCUUACACCCAAGGCGAGGAUGCUGCAGGUUAUGGGAUGGCUGUACCCUUCCAAGUACGAGACUGAGCCGCCAUUUGAUCGCCACGACUGGUUUGUGAGAAGAGUACACCCGGAUGGCACAGAGAGGGAAAAGAGAUAUGUCAUUGAUUACUACUCUGGACCCCCUGAGGAGACUGGAGAACCCGUUUUCUACUUGGACGUCAGACCUGCUGUUGACGGUCCUCUGGAUGCGGCCGAGAGAAUGAUCAGAUGGGGCGGUGAUGUCUGGUGGAGAGCAAGCGGAGGCAGUGUCAGGGAAGAGUUGGCCAAGUUGAAGAAAUGA